AUGACGCCCAACAAUUAUCCUUUUUCUUGCGUUCUUUCGUGCGGAUUGUUGACCUUCACUUACAUUCCUUACGGCACCAACGCGGGUGGUGGUGGCUCGCCAACGGAGGUGCAGCUGAAUCUGAUCAAGCAGGAGGAGAUGGGUUCGAUGCCGAUGCACCAGCGUCCGGGUACGAGCACGGGGUACGAGGGCGGGGACAUGAUGUACACCAGCAGCCAGCCAAGUUGGCAGGUGGAUCUGGAACGACCGAGCUCGCGGACAGCGAGCAGCCAUUCCUUUCGUGAGCGCGGGCAACAAUCUUCCUUUCGUGAGCCCGGCCAGUCCUUUCUUGCCCCCUCAAGUACAGCAACAACAACAGCAGCUGCCGCCGCAGCCCAGUCCCAUUCCUUUCUCUCCUUCCCCGGCGCAGGAACCUCUUCAAGGCCCUCCACUUCGUCUGGUCUUGCCGACACGCUCCAUCCUAGAUCACUCCCGCCACUCGCUGCAGUCGUCUCCGCUUCCCUCUCCUCACCCCAGGGUAUCGCCAACCAACAGCAGUCACAAUCCGUUUUUCCCUUUCACGCCCUCAGACGACCAUCAACAGCCUCGUCGCGCCCAGGAACAGCACCUGCCUCCGCAUCUUUCUUCUCAAGGUCAUCAUCAUCCACUUUCGUACCAGGAGGCGGCGUGGGCAGCAGCAGCAGCAGCAGCGGGCGUCCAGACUUAUCACUCCUACACUCAGGCUUCGGUGGACGGACAGGGUUCGGUGCCGGCGAGCAGUACGUGGGAGCAGCGGCCGGUGGGUACGAUGCCACCGCCGCAGGAGAGGUCCCCACUUCACCCGGGGGCAUCGACGCCUCCCCAUUUUACUUCCACCCCCCAGCCCUCGAUCCCACACCCGCCUCCGCAACCGUCGCAAACACAAAUACCUCACCCGCCGCCGCCUCAAACCCACGCAAGCGAGCUUUCGGCGGCCCCGACGGCCCACACGAUGAUGCCCCCACCGCAGCACACGGGCAACAUGGCGGGCACCCCGCGCAACAGCCCCCCGGCUCCUCCUCCGGCAUCGGCUCCCUCCUCGGCGACCUCAACUACGACUAUGGCUCCGAGUCCCGACCUCAGUCUCGCCGCCUCUCCGUCAUGGAACUCUGCAACGACGACUCCCCCGAACACCAACGGCCCGCCUCGCAGCACCAGCAGGGGUACGCCACAGGACCUGGCGCAUUUUUACUAUCAGCAGCAACGUCAGGCCCAGGCUAUGGCGGCGGCUCGCGCCCGACCACAUCGUCAGGACUCGUCUCUGGUGCCUCGGCGCUCCGCCUCUUCGAUCGGACAGGCUCGCCACCCACAGCAGGCUCAACAGCAGCACCAACAUCCUCCUCAACAGCAGCAUUAUUCGCAAGAGCUUCGCAUGCAGCAGCAGGCGCAACUGGACCUGGAGUUGCGCCAAGCACAGGCUCAGCAGAGUUCGGACGAGGAGCAGUACAUGCGUUAUAUGCAGGCUCAGGCUCAGGCGCAAGUGCAACUUCAGGCUCAGCAUCGUCCACCGCAUCACCAUCAACACCCACACCUCCAGGCCCCGGCGCCGUACUACAACCCGCACCACCACCAUCAACAACAUCCUACGCACCUCCAGGUCCCGCAACAUCACUAUCCGGCCCCGGCGCACCACCAGUAUACCGACAACAGCAGCAGUACCACGCCCUCGCCCAUUCACCCGCAUUUUCCGGCUCACCCGGGUCCUCCUCCUCAACAGGGGGCGGGUACGGCGGGGGUGGGGGCGGACCUCGAUCUCCGGCCUCGCCCGCCUCCUCAGACAGCGACGCUUCACCACGCCCAUUCGCACGCGCACACCCAUACGCAAAUGCAUACGCAGGUGCACGACGAUCGCCAGGCGGAGGCGGAGAUGUAUUUUCGUCAUCAGCGGCAGCUGGAGGAGGCGCAGGAGCAGGGGGUACUGUACAGUAUGGAGGGUAUGGUGGUGGGCCUGGAGCUGGGCGGUAUGGAGGGUAUGGGAGGGAUGAUGGGCGCGAUGGGGAUGGGAGGGAUGCAAGGGAUGAUGCAGGCCAACAGCAACAACAACAACGGGAUGGUCAAGUUCGAGUCGGCGCUCCUCACGCCGCCGCUUCUUUUGGAGCAAUGAGGGCGUAG